AGACUGGACGCGGACUCGGCGCGCGGCCGGAGAACUUCUACCCAAGCCCGACUUCGCAGCUUCCAGCGGAGCAGAAGGCUGCGGGGAGGGAUAGAGGGAGAAGGAACUUCGGUCUCUGUCAGGGUGUCGGGGAAAGGGGCACUGGGGUCCCGAUCUUGGGGCAGCAACAGAGGAGCACGAAGCUCGGAGAAAAGAUGGAUCAUGUGAGCGGGACUGAGAGAUUUAUGGAGCUGAGCUCCCGCCGCUGUAAAUCACCCUGCCCUCCCCGGUAUAAAGCGCCCGUCCAGGCCGGUGUGGGAGAGAGGAGACGCUCGCUGCCCCCUGACCCCCAGCUCAGCGCCGUCUCCCGGCCCAGCCAGUGACCCGUCCAGCCUCCCUCAGUCGCCCCUGCCAUGUCCGAGGAGUCGACCCCGGGCCCCAAGGAGAGCCCGCCGGCCCAGCCACGGGCAGGCUCCCGCGAGGUGUGGAAGAAGGGCGGCCGCCUCCUGUCCGUGCUGCUGGCCGUGAACGUGCUGCUGCUCGCCUGCACGCUCAUCAGUGGCGGCGCCUUCAACAAGGUGGCGGUGUAUGACACCGACGUGUUCGCGCUGCUCACCACCAUGAUGCUGCUCGCCUCCCUCUGGAUCCUCUUCUACCUCCUGCGGACCGUGCGCUGCCCCAACGCCGUCCCCUACCGGGACGCGCACGCCGGCCCCAUCUGGCUCCGAGGUGGGCUGGUGCUGUUUGGGAUCUGCACUCUUGUCAUGGAUGUCUUCAAGACUGGCUACUACUCCAGUUUCUUUGAGUGCCAGUCGGCCAUCAAGAUCCUGCACCCUCUCACCCAGGCUGUGUUUGUCAUCGUCCAGACUUACUUUCUCUGGGUCUCCUCGAAAGACUGUAUUCACGUCCAUCUGGAUCUGACCCGGUGCGGUCUCAUGUUCACCCUCACCACAAACCUGGCCAUCUGGAUGGCAGCUGUGGUGGACGAGUCCGUGCACCAGACCCACUCCUAUGAUAGUUCCCACAGCAACACCAGCCACCUUCGCCUCGCCCUUGACCCAGAGCGUGCAGGCAGCUCGGUGGGAGGAGACUGUUCCUGCAACACGGCCAUCUGCCAGAUCUUCCAGCAGGGCUACUUCUACCUGUAUCCCUUCAACAUUGAGUACAGCCUGUUUGCGUCCACCAUGCUGUACGUCAUGUGGAAGAAUGUAGGCAGGCUGCUGGCCUCCUCCACCCACGGCCACGGCCACACCCCUUCCCGGGUCAGCCUCUUCCGGGAGACCCUUUUCGCUGGCCCGAUCCUGGGCCUGAUGCUCUUCGUGGUGGGGCUGGCCGUCUUCAUCAUCUACGAGGUCCAAGUGAGUGCGGAGGGGGGCCGCCUCCAGCAGGCCCUGGUCAUCUACUACAGCUUCAACAUCAUCUGUCUGGGGCUCAUGACCUUGGUCAGCCUGAGUGGCUCGGUCAUCUACCGCUUUGAUCGCCGGGCCAUGGAUCACCAUAAGAACCCCACUCGGACCCUGGAUGUGGCAUUGCUGAUGGGCGCGGCCCUGGGCCAGUACGCGAUCUCCUACUACUCUAUCGUAGCCGUGGUGGUGGGCACACCCAGGGACCUGCUGGGGGCGCUCAACCUAGCCCAUGCUCUACUCAUGAUUGCCCAGCACACCUUCCAGAAUGUGUUCAUCAUCGAAAGCCUCCACCGGGGACCGCCCGGGGCUGAGCCCCAUGAUACCACCCCCAAGGAACCCUGCCAUGGUCUUACCUUUGCCAACCUGGAUGCCCUCCACACCUUGCCUGGCUGCCCACCCACUCCUAGGCUGGUCGGCACCAACCCAGUGGGCCCUCAUGAAGCAGUGGCCAUCAUCUUGGCCCCCAGGGGCCACUGGAGACGCCGGUGCCUGAAGGACAUUUCUCUGUUUCUCCUGCUCUGCAAUGUCAUCCUGUGGAUCAUGCCUGCCUUCGGAGCCCGCCCUCACUUCAGCAACACCGUGGAGGUCGACUUCUAUGGCUACUCCCUUUGGGCGGCCAUCGUCAACAUCUGUCUGCCCUUCGGCAUCUUCUACCGUAUGCACGCUGUCUCCAGCCUGCUGGAGGUCUACGUGUUAUCCUGAAGCCCCUGAGAGACACGUAGGGGUGGGGCUCAGUUCAUGUGCCCACUCAGAGACACCCCCCGCCCCACAGGAAAGAACCCCAGGCUGGCAGUCACUGUGCCACAUUACCACCCCAGCCCCCUUACCCCCCCAACCCUGCCCCAGGGGACCCAGGGUAGAAUUUGCACCAAAGUUAUUUUUCCAGGAUGAGUUUUUACAUCACAAUCAGACAUACCCACCCACCCCAGCAGAUUCUGCAGCAUGGAGUGGGUGGGGAGGAGAGAUCUCUCCCUAGAGCAGCCAGGACCAGGCAAGAUCAGCAAGUGUCUGCGGUUCUGGCCCCACCCCUGAUGCCAGCCACGUGGCUUGGCCAGGACUGCAGUCUGGAGCUGGAACCGCCUCCAGCUCGCCCCCUGCCCCCCACUUCUUGUUUCAGCCUCCCCGUCUGAGACAAUUGCAGGAGAGGAUCUUGGGGCUCAGAGCUGGAAGGAACCCUGGAGAUUUUUAGGUCUCAAGCUUUUCAGUGAGGCAAAUCGGAGUUACAGGUGGUUACAGACUAGUAAGUACCUGGGUGGCUGGGAGGGGCUGGACAGAGUACGCAGGCGGCCAUCUUCCUCUUCCCCUGAUCCUCAAAGGCCAGAUACAUUUGUUUAUGUGUUCCAUGAAGCAGGAAAGCUUAGGAAAGACUGACCUAGCCCAACUAGGUCACGUUACCUCUCUUUUUACAAAGGAAACUGAGGCCCAGAGAGGUAAAGUGACUUGCCCAAGGUCACAGAGCUAAAGAGAGCCAGAGCCUUUCUACUAAGAAUAAUUUUCAAACAGCAGAACUUCUUUUUCUUUAAAUAAAAUAUUUCAGGAACCCAA